AUGAGGGCAAGCUUGAAAGCUGCAUUUAAUUUAAAUGUUAGUGAAUCUAAGUGCAAAAGGGCAAAGAAAAUAAUUUUGGAGAAACUUGAAGGUAGUUUUAUAGAUGAAUAUAAUAAGCUUGUUGCCUAUGCCAAUGAAUUGAAACUUACCAAUCCUGGGAGUGAUGUGAUAAUUAACUUAUCAAAAGAUGCUCUUGAAGAAGGGAAAAUGAGGUUUUUAAGGAUGUAUAUUUGUUUUCAGGCAAUGAAGUCUAUGUUUAAGAGUGGCUUGAGACCUUUCAUUGGAUUGGAUGGAACAUUUUUGAAAGGGAAGGCUAAAGGUCACCUACAGGCUUCACUAGACCUCAAAAUGGGUGAAGGGAUCACACUUAUGUCAGAUAUGCAGAGGGGGUUGAUUGACUCAAUCCAAACUGUUCUUCCAGAGUCACACUUUAAAUUUUGUGUAAGACAUAUAGAAACAAAUUGGUGUAAGAGAUGGGGCUCUGGUGAGUUCAAAAAAUUGCUUUGGUGGGUGCAUGAAGUAUUUAUGAAGGACUUCAAAGAUCAGAUAAAGAAUAUGGGUCAAGUAGAUGAUGUUCGAAAGGAAGCUGUGGAGGAUUUGCUGAAGUAUCCACCAAAAUGUUGGAGUAGGGCAUUCUUUGAUAUUGUUUGCAAGAACCAGUCUGUAGACAACAACUUGACUGAGUCAUUCAAUGCAUGGAUUUUGCAAGCAAGGCACAAACCAAUCAUUAAGAUGCUUGAGGAUAUUAGAAUCAAGGUGAUGAAUAUGAUUACUGAACAUGAAGAUGAUGUUAUGUAA